GGCAUCACAAAUUAUGGUCAAUGCCUAUGAUUAUGCUUCACUGCUGAUACUCCAUGUUUGAAAUGGCAAUUCUGACAUCUAGGCCGAGAAAUCCUCGAGGUUGGUGAUCUUGUUAAUAGAACUAUGAUCCCUGUCCGAAACGGCAAAAGUCAAAGCCACUGGGUUCACCAUCCACCCGGUGAAUGUCGGGGUGAUGCAGCCAGAAGAGUAAUUGGUUGGAGAAAGAUUGAUUACUUUCCAUCCAAUCAGAGCGAGGGUAGGCUUAAAGUAAAAUAGUUUGGUUGAGUCGAGAGCUGUGACAGCUCGCGCGUGCAGAUGGUGGCGGUAAAUAAAAGCCGUAUACAAAAAUAAAACCACGAAAACCUUAUUUGUAGGACAGUAACGCUACUUUGAAAAUCGGAGCACAAACAUUCAUGGUGAGUGUCCGUCAUGACAGGCGUGACCGCCUUUCGAAAGUUGAGAGGUUUUCUUUGCAAGUGUUUUUUCAGAGAAAAAUACUUUAAUCUGACUUGAUUGACCUCGGUGUUUUGUUAAAAUAUCAACUGAAAAGUUCACUUCCAAAUACGACUGUGACUUGGAUUCAGAUGACAAAUCACGACUAAGAAAACUGAGCCAAGCGUUGUUAUCAACACCACCCAGAAGUUGAGAGAUUUCGCUGGAGAGAGGGUCUAGCACAGUGGUCUUUGUUCUGAGUUCCAAAUGUCUGUGUGUGAUUUGAAGUUGGUUGCCUGGAGGGUCCAGUAAAACUUAUCUCCGACUGUGAUGCUGACAACCGGGCUUUUACUCUCGCCAUAGCACUAACUGCAGACUUUUUCACAGAUGUGCCGCCCCCUGGGCGAGGCGGCCGGAGACCUACCCCUGACUGCGUGAAACACCCCCACAUGGUGUUUCUGCGGCCGCAAUGGACCGCUGCAAGCACGUGAGCCGCCUGCGGCUGGGCGAGGACCACUCCACCCUCAACACCCAGAAGUGGCAGUGUGCGGAGCCCGGCUGCGGGGCGGCCGAGUCCCUGUGGGCCUGUCUGAAGUGUCCGCACGUGUCCUGCGGGCGCGAUCUGCACCACCAUGCCCUGCUCCACCACCAGGCGUCGCGCCACCCGCUGGCCAUGGACGUGCGCGAGCUGGACGUCUUCUGCUUCACCUGCGGGGACUUUGCGCUCAACGACAACGCGGAGGGUGACCUGAAGCUGCUGCGCGGCGCGCUCUCCACCAUUCGCAACCCCCACCGCAGGUCCCUGCGCUCGGCCGCAGCCGCCGCUGGAGGGGAAGGCGGCGCCUGGAUGGAGUCGGAGGGCAUGAUGAGGCCGCCCUCGCAAGUGGCCCUCUGGCACCACCGCAAGGUGCUUCUGGAGCGGGUGAUGCGGCGCUGGAGCUGCAGGCGACGUGAAGAGGAGGAGAAACGCAACCCUAAACCGGAGUCCGAGCCGGAGCAGCAGCAGCAGCAGCAGCAGGAGGAGCAGAGGGAGCGCAGGGAGGUGAAGAGGAGGCUCACAGAGGACCCAGCUGGCAGCGGAGGGGUUGGCAGUGGUGGUGCGACUAAUAGUAGCAGUGUCAGUGCCAGUAACUGUGGUCCACCCAGAAAGAGUGCACGGCUCCUCACCCAGGCGCCCAGGCAGACGCUCGCCCUGGUGCCUGUGAAGUUUCGUGACCCUCCGGAGCGCCUGCCAUCAUCGACUGCAGCCUCCUCUCAGACUCAAACCUCACUAUCCUCCUCCUCCUCCUCCACCACAAAUGUCCAGAGACCCUCCGCCCUCUCCCUCAGGAACUCCAACAGCAGCCCGUCUCCCAAGCCCAAGCCGCGCCGCUACCACGCCUCCUCGCUCUCCUCCCUCACCACGCAGCAGCGCCGGCAGCGGCGACUGGCUCCCGGCGUCACGGGCCUGCGCAACCUCGGCAACACCUGCUACAUGAACUCCAUCCUGCAGGUGCUCAGCCACCUGCAGAAGUUCCGCGAGUGCUUCCUCACACUGGACCUGUGCGAGACCGAGGAGCUGCUGGCUAAGACCAAGACCUCACAGACUGGUGGUGGCGGUGGCGGAGGCAUCACGGGAGGGGAGAUGGUGGGCAGCAGCGCUGGAGGGACAUUGGGCUAUGGCCUGGGCCGAGGGGCUGGUAGUAGUAGUAGUGGUAGUGGUAAUAGUAGUGGUGGGGGUGGGGUUGGUGGAGAUGGUGGUAGUGGAGCAGCAACAGGAGCUGGCGGUGGUGGUGGUGGUGGUGGUGGGACAGCGGGUGGGCAAGCCGGAGCACCGGGCGCUGCGGGCAGCAACAACAACAGCAAGGAGACGUCAUCGUCGCAGCGCACCUCGGCGCGCCAGCGCAUGUCUCUGUGCCACGAGUUGCACACGCUGUUCCGGGUCAUGUGGUCGGGCCGCUGGUCGCUGGUGUCACCCUUUGCCAUGCUGCACUCGGUGUGGAACCUCAUCCCGGCGUUCCGGGGCUACGCCCAGCAGGACGCGCAGGAGUUCCUGUGCGAGCUGCUGGACAAGGUGCAGCAGGAGCUGGAGUCCAAUGGCAGUAAGCGCCGCAUCCUCAUGCCCAUGACACAGCGGAAGCUCUCCAAGCAGGUGCUCAAGGUGCUCAACACCAUCUUCCACGGCCAGCUGCUCAGCCAGGUGACAUGUCUGUCGUGCAAGCACAAGUCCAACACAGUGGAGCCGUUCUGGGACCUAUCCCUGGAGUUCCCCGAGCGCUACCACAGCGGACAGAAGGCCUCGGGCUCCCUGGGCCUCAAGAGCUGCUCCCUCACCGAGAUGCUGGCCAAGUUCACCGAGACCGAGGCCCUGGAGGGACGCAUUUACGCUUGCAACCACUGCAACAAAAAGAGGCGGAAGUCGUCCCAUAAGCCUCUAAUCCUGACGGAGGCCUGUAAACAGCUCUUGAUCUACCGCCUGCCUCAGGUGCUGCGGCUCCACCUCAAACGCUUUCGGUGGUCGGGCCGUAACCACCGCGAGAAGAUCGGGGUGCACGUGGCGUUUGACCAGGUGCUGAACAUCCAGCCCUACUGCUGCAGGGACUCGGCCAACGCCUCCGCCACUGGCACCGCCUCCGCCUCGGGCGUCCACAGACAGGGCUUCACCUACGACCUCUCCGCCGUAGUGAUGCAUCAUGGGAAAGGCUUUGGCUCAGGACACUACACGGCGUAUUGCUACAACACUGAGGGUGGCUUCUGGGUUCACUGUAACGACUCUGUGAUGAAUGUGUGCAGCGUAGAGGAGGUGUGCAACACUCAGGCCUACAUCCUGUUCUACACCCAGCGCUCCGCAUGAGGGGUGGAGGGGGGGCGGGGGACGUGGCUUUCGUCAUGCCACUCCUCUUUUAUAAUUCCAACUACAACAAACAAACAAACCACCAGCCAAUCCUGCCCCUGCCCUGCCAGCCAGAGCAGAGAGACUGCCAGCCAGCCAGCCAGCCAGACGAACAGACAUGGAGAUCGUGACCGGACCUGCUGCCUGUAUAUGUACAGACAGAAACACACACACACACACACACACACACACACACACACACACACACACACACACACACACACUCGCACACACCUAUCCAGGGCAUUUCAGACUGAGGACCAAGCUCUGUGUUGGGAGCAGAUUGGGAAAAGAGCCAGAGCCAGAGCGUUACUGAGCAUGUGUGUUGGGAUGGGGGGGUCGGGCCCCUCCCAUCUAGAGUCUAGGCCCCUCCCCUGCCUGAAAAACGGCAACACAGAACCUGCUGUAGAGAGGAGGAGGAGGAAGAACAGACUGAUCGUCAUGGAAACGUUGCACAAGAUGGAAGGUCCCUGAUGGGAUUGGAAGUCUCGUCCCCUAACAGUGUCCGUAGGGAAACAAGGGGAUUGACCGACUUAAAAACUGACUGAUUGAUUGGUCAAUAGAUUAUAUUGAUUGAAUGAAUUAUUGAUUGAAUGAUUCUCCAGAGCUGAAGGGGGUUAAAGUGAUGGAUAGGAGUGGCUUGUCUCCUUAAAGAACGAGAGCAGAGCAAUAUUAAAAACCGACGUCACAACAGGAAAUCAACAAGCAAAUCAGGAAAAUAUCAAAUCUUUGACUUUGUAAUACACUUUUUUUUUUACUACUCUACUGUUUCUAUUUGGGUUGUGGCUGUUCUUGUACAAACCUCUUUGUCACCGUUUAAAAUCAGGAAAUAGCACUGCUGUCCUAUCAAUCAUGAAUGGAAGAAGUAGUCAGCUACAUUUUUCACAAAAGAACAAGAGGGGUGGGGUGGGUUGGAAAAAGAAAAAUUGUAAUGAUAACGAACCAGUGAAAUGAAACAAUCUGAUGACGAUGAAUGUCUUGCUUCUUUUUUUUUGUAAUGGGGGGCCGGGGUUGUGGGUUGUGGUUUUAUUUUUAUUUUCCUUUUCCUUUCUGGACUCCAUCAUGGGGGUGGAGACGUAGAGACGUGGUCCGCUGUAGCUGUGGUCCUAGCGGCACUGACCCGUUUAGUCCUGUGUUGUGAAAGCACCUGUGAUUUACUGUACCGAUUAUGCGACAGAUUCCACGCGAUGGUGACGAUGAUGAUGAUGAUUAAAAGACUUCAAAUGCAGAAGGCG